AUGGAAGGCAACGAUGCAGACGAGCACCUGAGCACAGCUGCCAGUGUCCUCAAGGAGCUGUCGGGGACCAGGGAGGAGGUGGAGCGCGCCCGCGAGGCCGCCGUGCAGGCGUGGCUCGCGUCCAUGCCGCUCGCCGAGGAGCUCGAGCGGCUCCGCGCCGAGCUGGCCGCGGCCAAGAGCCGCCUCGCCGCGACGGCGUCCGAGAUACCGCCGCUCAAGUCGCUGAUCGAGUCCACGAACGGUGCGGUUGCCGAGAGGCAGGCGGAGGCAGCGAGGAAGCAGGCUGCCGCGGAGGAGCUCCGGCGGCGCGUCGACAGCGCGCGAGCCGAGCUCCGGCGGCUGCGGGCGGAGAUCGCCGCGACGAGGGACGCGAAGGACGCGCUGGAGCAGCGGGUGCUCAUCCGGCGCCAGGCCGCGCGCGCGAUGCAGCUGGCCGAGCUCGCCGUCACGGCGGAGACCCACGCGCUGGCUUGGGCCGCGGGCGCGGUCGCCGAGCAGGCCGCGCGCGCGCCUGUCGGGGGCGGCGGCGAGGACGCCCACCACGACGUCGUGGCGCUGCCGGCGCGGAAGCUCGAGGAGCUGCGCAGGCGCGUGGAGGCCGAGGAGCGGAAGGCCGCAGAGCGCGUCGAGGAGGCCGAGGCGAUGCGGCGCGCGGCGAAGGCGAGCAGGGCGGCCGCCGUGGCGAGGCUGGACGCGGCGCGCGCCAAGAGAAGGGAGGCCGCCGCCGCCGCCGAGGUUCGCCGCCGUGACGGUGACGACAUCUACGGCAAGCGGGCGAGGAGUGCACCGCCGCCGAAGAGCCGGAGCCGGAGGUCUUGCUUCUCGGUGAAGAAGCUACGCAGCUGCUUGUGCGCCAGGGCCAAAGCUUGA